UGCACGCCGGUUCUUGACUUGCAUUCAGUCAGUCAAGCCGGUCUCCGCCGGUCAGACCAGGGUGGGCAACAGGGGAGGCUACCCCACGCUUCUCCCUGUCAAAAUAUUGGACCCGUCCAUCCAGUCCACAAAGGCAUCGGAGCCGUUCAUCAAGUCCACACAGGCAUCCGGCAUUCCACCACCCCCACCAUUAUUAAUAGCUCUGCUCUCUCUGCUCCACCCACCCUGUCGUCCCCCGCGGCCCCGAAGAAGCCUCCAUCGAGCCGCCCGCGUGUUGACGGCCAUGGCGUCAGCUGCGAGCACGCCGGGCAAGUCUCUCCUCAUCCUCGUCUCCUUCGUCGCGCUGCUCCUCGUCUUCGUCUCCGCCGUGGAGAGCUACGACGGCCACCAUGCUGUCGCGGGCUCGGCCGUAGAGCGCCGCUCCCGCCUGGGAACACGGCAAGUGCACCACCGCCGGACCGCGGCCCUGCACCGGUACAUGCUCGCGGAGAAGAGCAACACGACUGGCGGCCCCAAGAAUCGAAGCUCGCCGGCGAACGCCACCUCGCCGCCGACGCCGACGCCACCGGCCGAGCCGGGCCGGCACCACCGCAGCCACAAGCACCGAGUGCGCAACUGGAUUAUCGGCUUCGUUGUCGGCUCCCUGGCCGGCGUCAUCUCGGGUCUGGUGCUCUCCGUGCUAUUCCGGAUGGCUCUGAACUGCAUCCGCGGGCGGUACCGGAAGCGGUCCGGCACGGUGAUCUUCACCCCGAAGCUUAUCAGGCGGACCGACCACCUGGCAUUCUUGGAGAAGGAGGACGGGCUGGCAUCGCUGCCCGUGAUCGGGAAAGGCGGUUGCGGCGAGGUGUACAAGGCGCAGCUCCCCGUGGAGCGCGAGGAGGAGGAGCCCCGGUUCAUCGCCAUCAAGAAGAUCAAGAAGCACCUCGGCGACACGCCGAACAACCUGAGCGACGAGGAGAGCCGGCAGCUGGACAGGUGGUCUCGGCAGAUCCAGUCGGAGAUCCGCACCGUCGGGCACAUCCGGCACCGCAACCUGCUUCCGCUUGCGGCGCACGUGCCCCGGCCGGACUGCCACUACCUCGUCUACGAGUACAUGAAGAACGGCAGCCUGCACAACGCGCUAAAGGCCGACGGCGAGGACGGCAACGGCGGCACCGCGCUGCCUUGGCCGGCGCGCCUCCGCGUGGCGGUCGGCGUUGCGGCGGGGCUGGAGUACCUGCACAUCUCGCACCGCCCUCAGAUCAUCCACCGGGACCUGAAGCCCGCCAACAUCCUGCUCGACGACGACAUGGAGCCCCGCAUCGCGGACUUCGGCCUGGCCAAGGCGAUGCCCGACGCGCAGACGCACGUGACGGCGUCGAAAGUGGCCGGCACGCUGGGCUACAUCGCCCCCGAGUACUACCAGACGCUCAAGUUCACGGCCAAGUGCGAUGUGUACAGCUUUGGCGUGAUCCUGGCGGUGCUGGGGACGGGCAAGGAGCCGACGGACCAAUUCUUCACGCAGGUGGACGAGGUCGGGCUCGUCAAGUGGCUGCGCCGCGUGAUGCAGGCCGGGGACCACACCGAGGCCAUCGACCCGGCCAUCGCCGACGCCGGGUACGAGGAGCAGAUCCUGCUAGUGCUGCGCAUCGCCGUGUUCUGCACCGCCGACGACCCCAAGGAGCGGCCCACCGCCAAGGACGUCCGGUGCAUGUUGUCGCAGAUCAAGAACUAGUCUGGUCUGCUGCUACGUGACCAGUAAACCAAGCAAUUAUUAUAUGAGUGGAAUAUUUUGGUGCCGGGUCAAUUGGGCACGUCAGCUGUCAGGUGGGCCCAGCCGAUUAGGACUACCGUGUGGUGAGAGUGAGACUGGAACCUAAAAGAAAAGGUAAUCAUCGGCUCAGCGCACGCGCUGAAUAUUCCGCGGUCUCUUUCUCUUUGCGCUACUGGCGUGAUGCUUGCGAGUUGCGAGCUUUAGAACGGAUUAGGUAUAUGCUCGUGUAUUGUAAUAGAACAAUAAUCAAAUAUAUAUAGAUGACCUAUUUAUGUGA